UACGUGGCUGAGCUGGGCGGGAGCCCAGUUGAGGCACGUCCCGAUGGGGCUAAGAUUGUGCUUGGACUCUGGGUGUGGCUGUCGGGGAGAGUGGUUAGUCGGUAGGCGGGGCCCAGCGGGGUUCUGUCCCGAACCGGGCUUCCAGUGAGACUAGCUGGACGCAGGGCUGAGCGCUCCCUACCUGGGCUCCUCCUAGAGCCUCCGCGCGGCCUCGGGACCCUCCCCGGGGGGGCCGGGGGCUAUGGCUGCAGUGGGGAGGCUCCUUUCUGUUCUCUCUGCCCUAGCCCCUAGCAGCCCCUGCCCCCGCCGCCGCCUCCUUCUCCUCCUGCUCCUACUGAUGCUGGCUCGGGCCAGCGCCCCGGUCAGCACUGCGUGGACUGGGAUAUCGGAACCAUCCUUUGAGGCAAAAUGUGAAGAUCGUUUGUUUAAGAACUUGUUUCGAGACUAUGAAAAAUGGGUUCGUCCUGUGAAACACCUGAAUGACAAAAUAAAAAUAAAGUUUGGCCUUGCAAUCUCUCAGUUAGUAGAUGUGGAUGAGAAGAAUCAAUUAAUGACCACAAACGUGUGGUUGAAACAGGAAUGGAUUGAUGUAAAAUUAAGAUGGAACCCUGAUGACUACGCUGGAAUCAAAGCUAUCCGCGUCCCCUCCGACUCCAUCUGGACUCCAGACAUAGUAUUGUUUGACAAUGCAGAUGGACGCUUUGAAGGGACCAGCACAAAAACAGUUGUAAGAUAUGAUGGCACUGUGGCUUGGACCCCACCAGCCAACUACAAAAGCUCCUGCACCAUAGAUGUCACCUUUUUCCCAUUUGAUCUCCAAAACUGUUCUAUGAAAUUCGGUUCAUGGACGUACGAUGGAUCACAGGUGGAUCUAGUAUUGGAGGAUUAUGAUGUAGACAAAAGAGAUUUCUUCGAUAAUGGAGAAUGGGAAAUAGUGAGUGCCACUGGAAGGAAAGGGAACAGAACAGAUGGAUGUUGCUGGUAUCCCUAUGUGACUUAUUCAUUUGUAAUUAAGCGUUUGCCUCUCUUUUAUACCCUUUUCCUCAUCAUACCGUGCAUUGGGCUCUCCUUUUUAACAGUGCUCGUCUUCUAUCUUCCUUCCAAUGAAGGUGAAAAGCUCAGUCUCUGCACUUCAGUGCUCGUGUCCUUGACUGUCUUCCUCCUAGUUAUUGAAGAGAUCAUCCCAUCAUCUUCCAAAGUCAUCCCUCUAAUUGGAGAGUACCUCGUGUUUACUAUGAUUUUCGUGACAUUGUCAAUCAUGGUGACCGUCUUUGCGAUCAACAUUAACCAUCGUUCCUCCUCCACACACAAUCCCAUGGCACCUUGGGUCCGCAAGAUCUUUCUUCAUCAGCUUCCAAAGUUUCUUUGCAUGAGAAGCCAUGUGGAUCGAUACUUUACCCACAGGGAGGAAACUGGCAAGAUCAGUGGCCCCACAUCUUCUCGGGACACCUUGGAGGCUGCUCUUGAUUCCAUCCGCUACAUCACGAGGCACGUCAUGAAGGAGAAUGACAUCCGUGAGGUUGUUGAAGACUGGAAAUUCAUAGCCCAAGUACUUGACCGGAUGUUUUUAUGGACUUUUCUUCUGGUUUCAAUAAUUGGAUCACUUGGACUUUUCGUUCCUGUUAUUUAUAAAUGGGCCAAUAUCUCCAUACCGAAUCAUAUUGGGAAUACAAAUAAGUGAUGCUGUCCCAAGGAUGGUCUAGACAGGCUUAUCCAAAAAAAAAAGGUACCUAGGUUCUCUCAAAGUCUUCUUUGGCAAUUAUGAAGAAAUAAAACAGAGCAAAUCACGUUUAAAUUUUAAAAUGAGGUUGGCAUCCUCACACCCACUAUAGUAUAAUCUGUGGAUACUUGCUUUCUCUGAGAUUGUCUCUAACAGGACCAAUCUGCAAAGAUAAUGUAGCUCCCAAAGUCCAUUGUUUGAAUAAUGGCAUUUUGAGAUGCUGAACAGAGUCAGAAGCUGCUUUCCAAAUUCUGUCAUUGACCCAGUGCGUCUUCCUUUGUUGUUGUUGUUGAGUUGUUUUUCAGUCCUGUCUGACUCUUCCUGACCCCAUUUGGGGUUUU